AUGCGUGCUCGGCUCCACUCGUGGCCGCUGCUCCUCGCGCUGCUGCCGCCAUGCUACUGUGGUUCAGCUGAGCACUCCACCAUGCCCGCCCUCCAGCUCGCCCUCGGCCACACCCGCGUGCUCAUCGUGCCUGCUGCUCGGGUGCGGCUUCUCCCUCAACCGUCGCAGCUCCAGCCUCUGAUGCACCCCGGCUUCCUCAGCCUACGCGCGCCCGUUCUGGCUCGGCGUCCGCGUGCCCGCGGGCUCUGGCUCAGUCUUGCAGCUCAGCCUCGUUACGCGGUCUGCCUGCGUCACGCCGCCUAUUCAGUGCCGGAAGCUCCGAUUUCCGCCAAGCCGGCUCCGCUAGCUCGUCGGCCUCCUCCAGCGCCUGCCGGGUCGUCCUCGCGCACCGGCUCCCGUGCCUGCCGGGUCGUCCUCGCACGCCGGCUCCUGCGCCCGCCGGCCCGUCCUCGCGUCCCGGUCGCCCCGCCCUCGACCACGUCGGGCGUCGCGCCCGGCCGCCCGACCUCCACGCCAGUCGACCUCCGUGUGCAGAGGCCGGCUGCUCCGUCCGUGCGCCCGCAUCGCCCUGGGCCGGCUGCUGCUCCGCGCCGGCAUCGCCCAGCGUCAAACCCGGCCUCCGGUCCCCCGCCCCGCAUCCUCCUGCCCGCAGAUCCGCGACCCCGCGCCUGCGCUGGUCCGCCCGUCGCCUGUGCCUGCCUUCGGCCGCGCCUCCCCAGCUCCCGGCCUCCCCAGGCCGGCUCCGGGUCGCCGCCUCGCCCACAGUCGGCCCGCGCCUCUGCGUCGCUCGCCACCUCGUGGCUGCCGGCUUCCCAGCAUUAUGCCGACUCCGCCUCCGCCUCGUGCGCCCGGCCAGGGCUGGCUCCUGCGCCGCCCGCCGGAUCCCGCCCCCGACGUCGCCCGCGGCUAGCCGCCUCCUCGCUCGGCCGGCCGGCUACCGCGCGCCCGUUGGCCGGGUCGCCGCUCCCAGCCGGCGUCCGCCUCCGCACCCGGCCGCCCCCGCGGGCCGGCUCCGCCUACUCGCCGCCCCGCGCCUCCGGCUCCUCCCAGCAGGCACCCCCACGGCCGGCUCUUCACUCCAUCCCCGCUGCCGGCCUUCUCGCGCCCCCGGCUGCUGCUGUUCCGCCUCCACCUCUACCCGCGUUCCCCCGCCACCGCAUCUGCCUCGCUCUACUACGCGCGCCGACUCCCGAGCUCGGCCUCCCGUCGCCGGCGCCGCUUGGCCUCGCUUCCGACCUCUUCACGCCGGCUCCUCCCCGCCGGGUGCUCCGCGCCGGGUCCCCUGCACCGGCUCCGGCUUCCCGGAACCCGGCCGGCUAG